UCAACCUCCACCCAGUGUGCGUGAGCUUUUGCAGGGAAGAUAAUAGUGGAAAUAGGGCAGGUUCGGGGACUGGAUAUAAUUGUCUUGUUGGCAUAAUUAUUCUAUAUUAUUCUAUUAUUCCAUGAUUUCUAAAUUAUUGCGGUGCUGCACACAACCCUGAUCUGCUUCCUAGAACGGUGGAUCUACCAACAAACUCACGGUCGGUUUGUAACCAUUUCAGCCUGCGCUCGUGCUUAACUUCGGAAACUAUGAAGAGUCGAUUUCGAGAUGCACAAGAAUGUUACAAUUCAGUGGUAACUGUUCCUUGCCAUAGGAUCAUUAGCUGUAUAUGAGUAGCAUAUGUGUCGUGACUUAACAGUAACACUGAUUUUCAAUGGUUGUAGUGCCCACUAUCUUGGUUUAUUACUGCAGAUUGCACAAUUUCAUGCGAAACCAGACAUGAUUAUACAGGAGGUGGAUCCAUAUCACCAGACUGUUUACCUGUGUUGAAAUAUCUUGCAUGCCUUGUGCAUAGAAUGUAUGUGAGGAAACGUGCGUAAUGUUGACUUUGGAUGUAUGGAGAUGUCGAGCAACUGAGGAUCCAUAAGAACACAUAAGAGUGAUUGUCAACCAAAACAGACAUUGAAAAAAUGAGUCAAGAUGAAGGGAUAUCAUUGUCGGUUCCCUCCUUUGGUCCUGGCUCGGGCCCUGGGGGUGCCUGCGCGGACUCUGCUGGCCCCCGGGAAGACAGUGUGAGCGGUGCCCCCAUUCCCGACCCUGGGACAUUCUGGCACGACUCGGUGGUCAGCGGAAGCAUCAUUCCUAAUAUUCUGAGCUGCCCGAAGGACAGUGGCGGCUUGUUGUCUACGGUGAAAUGUAAAAGCAGGGCUGUCACGGUGGCAUAUGUCGUCAACAGCGAGCUCACUCAGCCGCACACCGCAGAGAACAUGGCCCUGCAUUGCCUGAAAGACGCAUGCGACUCAGUGGGAAGUAAACUGGAAAUCAUACACUUUGGAAAGAUCGACUUUGGAGAGACGUGUGUGCUUGACCAGUUCUAUAAUGCAGACAUAGCUGUGGUGGAAAUGACGGACGCUUUCCGCCAGCCCUCCCUGUUCUACCACCUGGGUGUGAGGGAGAGCUUCAGCAUGGCCAACAACAUCAUCCUGUACUGUGACACCAACUCUGACUCGCUUCAGUCCCUGCAGGAUAUUAUUUGCCAGAAGAACACUACAUGCUCAGCCAACUACAGUUUCAUCCCGUACAUGGUGACGCCGCACAACAAGGUGUACUGCUGCGAGAGCAGCCUGAUGAAGGGCCUGACAGAGCUGAUGCAGCCCAGCUUCGAGAUGCUGCUGGGACCAAUCUGCAUGCCCCUGCUGGACCGCUUCGUCCAGCUGCUCAAGGUGCCCCAGGCUAACUCCUGCCAAUACUUCAGAGAAACCAUUCUCAACGAGAUUCGGAAAGCGCGGGAAUUGUUCACAGGGAUGGAGCUGGCCUCAGAACUCAGCCGAAUUCAACAACGGUUGGACAACGUAGAGUGCCUUUCAGCUGACAUCGUCAUCAACCUGCUUCUGUCCUACAGGGACAUCCAGGAUUAUGAAUCCAUAGUGAAGCUGGUGGAGACCUUGGAGAAGCUUCCUACAUUCGACCCUGUGGCCAAUCCCCAUGUCAAGUUCCACCAUGCCUUUGCACUGAAUCGGAGGAACCUCCCGGGGGACCGUCAGAAUGCCCUGGACAUCAUGCUGCCCCUGGUGAAGGCUGACAACCAGGUGGCUUCAGACAUCUACUGCCUGGUGGGACGCAUCUACAAGGACAUGUUCUUGGAGUCCCACUUCGCUGACAAAGAGAGCAGGGACAGUGGCACGGCCUGGUUUAAGAAGGGGUUUGAGUCUGAGCCGACACUACACUCUGGCAUCAACUACGCCGUUCUACUCCUGGCAGCGGGACACCAGUUUGACGCCUCCUUCGAGCUCCGCAAAGUCGGAGUGAAGCUGAGCAGCCUACUGGGGAAGAAGGGCAGCCUGGAUAAGCUGCAGAGCUACUGGGAUGUGGGUUUCUUCCUGGGGGCUAGCAUCCUGGCCUGUGACAACACCAGGGUCAUACAGGCCUCCGAGAAACUCUUCAAAUUGAAGGCCCCUGUCUGGUAUCUGCGCUCUCUUGUGGAGACCAUCCUGAUUUACCAGCACUUCAAAAAGCCCUCUGUAGAGCAGCCGCCACCCAAACAGGAACUGGUGGACUUCUGGAUGGACUUCCUGGUGGAGGCCACAAAGAAAGACGUCUCGUCCGUCCGCUUCCCGGUGUUGAUAUUGGAGCCCACUAAAGUCUACCUGCCUUCGUACUUGUCCAUAAACAACGAUGUGGAGGAGAACACUGUCUCCAUCUGGCAUGUUUCCCCUGAUGACAAGCACAGGGGGGUCCAUGAGUGGAACUUCAGGGCCAUGUCAGUACGGGGUGUCAGUAUUUCCAAGUUUGACGAGCGCAGUGCCUUCCUGUAUGUGCUGCACAACUCAGAGGACUUUCAGAUCUACUUCUGCACAGAGAUGCACUGCAAAAGGUUCUGUGAUCUGGUCAACAGCAUCGCAGAGGAAGCAUGGAAAGGCCCGGAAGAUGGGGAGUGUGACAUUGACGCCCUAGAGUACGACUAUGAGUAUAAUGAGCAUGGAGAGAGGGUGGUUCUGGGAAAAGGGACGUUUGGAGUGGUGUAUGCCGGCCGGGACCUUAGCAACCAGGUACGGCUGGCCAUCAAGGAGAUACCGGAGAGAGACAGCAGGUACUCUCAGCCCCUCCAUGAGGAGAUUGCCCUUCACAAACAUCUGAAGCACAAGAACAUUGUGCAGUACUUGGGCUCCAUCAGCGAGAAUGGUUUUAUCAAGAUCUUCAUGGAGCAGGUUCCCGGAGGAAGCCUGUCUGCUUUGCUGAGGUCUAAAUGGGGCCCUCUGAAGAACAACGAACCCACCAUCGGCUUCUACACCAGACAGAUCCUGGAGGGACUCAAAUACCUCCAUGACAACCAGAUUGCUCACAGAGACAUCAAGGGUGAUAAUGUGCUUAUAAACACAUAUAGCGGAGUUCUGAAGAUAUCUGACUUUGGUACCUCUAAAAGGCUGGCUGGGAUCAACCCAUGGACUGAGACUUUCACUGGGACACUACAGUACAUGGCCCCUGAGAUCAUAGAUAAAGGCCCUCGAGGCUACGGCAAGCCUGCGGACAUCUGGUCUCUUGGCUGCACCAUCAUUGAGAUGGCCACUGGGAAACCACCCUUCUACGAGCUGGGCGAACCACAGGCCGCCAUGUUCAAGGUUGGCAUGUUCAAGAUCCAUCCUGAGAUCCCAGAUUCCAUGUCAAUGGAGGCCAAGGCCUUUAUCCUACGCUGCUUUGAGCCCGACCCUGACCAGAGGGCCACCGCCCUGCACCUGCUCACUGAUGAGUUCCUCACCGUCACCAGCCGCAAGAAGAGGGGCAAGAGUGGCUUCACAGCUCUGACACCAGGAGGUUCAGAAUACCUGCGCAGCAUCUCUCUGCCAGUGCCUGUGGUGGUGGAAGACACCAGCAGCAGCAGCGAGUACGGCUCCGUUUCCCCUGAGAACGACCUCAACACCAACCCCUUCAGCUUCAAGCCCAGCACCAAGUGUUACAGUGAUCGGGACGUCAAAGCUACCCGCUCCCUGUUCCUCAGUAUCCCAGUGGAGAACUUUGAGGACCACAGUGCUCCUCCAUCUCCUGAUGAGAAGGACUCUGGCUUCUUCAUGCUGAGGAAGGACAGCGAGAGGAGGGCCACUCUGCACUGCAUCCUCACUGAGGACAGAGACAAGGUGGUGUCCAACCUCGUGGAGGCUCUCAAACAGGGUUCUGAGACAUCGGACACUAAGUUGAGACAUCAGCAUAUCUCCACCCUGGUGGUCAGUCUGGGGGAUUUUGUGCGCAUGGCGGACAGGAAGAUCAUAGCCAACACCCUCUCCCAGCUCAAACUAGAGCUAGACUUUGACAGCACGGCCAUUAGCCAACUACAAGUGGUGCUAUUUGGGUUCCAGGAUGCAGUAAACAAAGUUCUACGAAACCACAACAUCAAGCCCCACUGGAUGUUCGCCCUGGACAAUAUCAUCCGUAAAGCGGUGCAGACUGCCAUCACCAUCCUGGUGCCAGAGCUGAGGCCCCACUUCAGCCUGGCCUCGGAGGAUGACCCGGCCGACCAGGAUAACGUUGACGAUGACGUGGAGCCUGAGGAUAAUUCCGCCCAUCAGUGCAGAGCCCCUCCCAACACUGCCCAUGACAACACGGUCGCCACCUCCGGUGUGAGCACGCUCAGUUCCACCGUCUCAAACAGAUCCCAUAAUGCCCAAUGCUCCGUCACCAUGGAACUAGGCAGGAUGAAGCUGGAAACCAACAGGCUGAUGGAGCAGUUGCUGGCGAGGGAGAGAGAGUACCAGGCAGUUCUCCAGCAUGUCCUGGAUGAGAGGGAACAGGAGAUCACACUGCUGAGGAUCCGCUCAGAACCCAUCGAUAUGCCUACAUCAUCUGUAAGCCAGAAGAGCCGGUCCACUGUGAGCCAUGGUGACCCAGAGCUGAUCAAGUGGCUGAGACUCCAUGGGGCUGACGAUGACUCCAUGGACAGGAUUUUGACUGAGGAUUACACUUUAGAUGACCUUCUCCAGUAUGUGAUGAGAGACGACCUGAAGAGUUUGGGAUUAAGAGGUGGGAUGCUGUGUAAGUUAUGGAAGGCUAUUACAGACUACAGACAGAAACCAGUGUGAGGAGUCCUCGUGUGGAGUUAGCUACCUCCACAGUACAGGAUCACAAGCACAACAACAACAACUCAGUAUUCCCCUCAACACUCACCACUGCACUUUAAUCUCAGUAUUUAUCAGACCAAGACUCAGUCCUGAUGGGGGACAGUUCCAGUGUAGUUUAUCAUGUAUUGAGUAUUGACACAUGAGUUGUUUUUUGGAAAUUCCUGUUUUCAAAUGGAGUUAAGUGCCACUGGUUUUGCAAUGUUCAACAGUUAUGACAUCUGUGCCAAGAUUUACAGGGCAAAUCAUGAAACAUAUCUGAGAAUUUAACCUUUAAAUGUUAUUUGGUUGUAGAAUUUUCUCCUUACUAUCAUGUGUUUAUUAGCGUAAGAUUGACCAUUUUCUAAAACAAGCCUGAGAGACAAAAUAUAACGUUAACUGAUGUGUUUGAGCUUCUGUACAUUAUCUUGAUAAACAGCAUUGUUAUUGCUAGUGGCUUCUUAUCACUAUUUUAUUUAAAUGUGUUUUAUGGAUAUUCAAGGCUCUCAUUGUCAUCACUGCAUUUCAUGCCCUUUUGUACUUGUUUAACUGGUGUUGAAGGCUUUUAAACAUCAUAGCUCUUGAAUUUUGUUCAAGUCAUUUUUUUACGUAAUUUACAAUGUUAGGUAUAUUUUGUUAUAUAGCACAUUUUAUUGACAGUAAAUUGCUAUUUUCAGUGACACAAUUUACAAAUGGCUAGAUGUCCUAUCAAAUAUGUAACGCAAAUUUGUGUUUGGGGGUUCACAGCAAAGCUGGAGCUGUUUAUAAGCCUUCUCACUUAAACCCUCAUAUCCGCCGCCCCGUUUGACCUAGAGACUUUAAACUUUGUAAGUAGCUGUCUUUCCUCAUGCUGAACAAAUUUGCCUCAAGGACCCAUAAGGUGCGUCAGGAUAGAUUUUUUUUCCAACCUUGAAACUUAUUCACAUGAACCAUAGGACCGUAUUUUUGUUGAAAUGUGUCCGUUUUGUUUCAUAUUCAUGAUAGAUUGAUGACAUUAUUUGUGCAAAAACAUAUUAUUGUGUAAACAAACAUGUGUCUUGAAAACUUAACUGUGAAAUAAAGGGUAAACUGAAAUAAUGCUUAGGGACUAUUAUGGCCCUUACAUUUCUACAACUGAACACAAAUAAUGUGUCCUGGUUUUAAAAUGUUAACAGGUCUAGUAGUCUAAUAAUAUUAAAUAGAUAUUCAGUUCUUCUUCAUCCUGCAGAUAUAUCUCUAUCAUAGGGAGAUGUAUAAAACCACAACUGACUGAAUGUGAAACAUCAUCAAUGCUAAGGGAUUGGUAAAAAGAUGACUGAGUUAUUGAUAAAUCAGAAAAUCCGAUUUUACGUGUCCAUUUAAACAACUGUAGAUUCACUCCACAGUGGCCUAUCAACGUGAAACUUGUCAUCACUAUCAUGGACAUCCCUAACAUGAACCACACUGACUUUAGUAUUGAUAUUUCAAUAAACAAGGAAACUAUUAACAACUCAUUCUUUGCAUAUGUAAUGCUAAUGCUCAAAAUCAUCUUCCCCUUAUGAACCAUAUGUCAGAUUGACUCCAGAUGUUGUAUUUAGACUCAUGGUUGCACAUAAAGGAUAGAUAGUUCCUACAUAACAGAGUGCUUGCUUUGUUACCCAACCGAUCGUGUCCUUUUUGUCAUCCUGUGAACCCUAUCCAUUGCUGCUUGCAGCCAUAUUUGAUCGAUUUUAUUGAUACUGGCAAUGUAACAAAAUUGUCGGAGGACCCAAUUAAUAUUUUACUCUAUAAAAUGUAUGGAGUUUUAUUUAGCCUGCUUUCAUUUGUAGCCUAUAUCUUAUCUUUAAAAAUGCAAAUGCUUUAAAUCAAAUGUAUAUGUUUGAAUGAAAAUCAUAACUGAAAACCCAUGUUCAUAUUGUUAUACCACCAACCUGUUCCUUUUUUAUUUACAAUAUUUCUGUCAGAAAUACACCUUUUGUUCAAAUGUUUCCGUUUUGUUUCAUAUUCAUGAUAGAUGUAUUACUUUAUUUGUGCAAUAACAUAUUGUUGUGUAACACAAAAAUGGGUCUUACUAUAAAUGUGAAAUAAAGUGUCAGCUGAAAUAAUGAA